AUGUCUCGUCUCGUCGAGUCUCCACUAAUUUCUCCUUCGAUUCUCAUAGACUCUGAGCUGAACAUAGCCACGAUAUCGCGUCAUGAUAGCAUUGAUUCGGCGCAGGACUUGGAGAUCGCCGAGUUGAGGAGACAGAUCGAAAAGCUUCAAGCGACAGAAACCAGUCUAAUAUGGCAAUGCGAUGAGGCAUCUCGAGAACUGAAAGCUUGUAAGCGUGACCUCGCCAAGGAGAAGCAAGAGGCGCGUACUUUUGCUGGUAAGUUGAGCAAAGAGAGCCGAAACCUUGGCGCCCUCAAUGAGGACAUGGUCACAUUGCGGAAAGAUACUGAACGCCAGGUUUGCGACAUCGAGUCAAAGUUGGAACAGGAAAGGAAGAAGCGAGCCAAAAUCCAGCAAGACGCCAAUAGGACUAUCACAGAGUUACGCUCCGAACUUGACGCAAAGCAGUCUGUAAUCAAGAAUCUACAAGCUUGCAUUCCCGACAAGAAACGCCAACUUCACGUUGAGCAGGCCAAGAUUGGGGCCAUACAAGCUACUGCCUACCGUCCUACUGGCUCACUUGCAUGUAAGCCCAGUAGUCAUGAUGCAAACCCUUAUCAACCUAGCCAUGUGUCCCACCUCCAGGACACCAUCAAGUACCUUCAGAAGGAGAACGCUCGCCUCCAGAAUAUACACCAUGAGGAUGGCUGUGAAGAGUACAGAAAUUCCAUCUUUCACCAACUUGAAGAUGCGAAAGGACUGCAGGCUGCCGCCGAGGCAGAAACAGAAGGUCUUCGCCAUCUCGCAAAAGCCAAUGCUGACCUGAUGGAGGAAAAUGUUAAUAAUGUGGAAAGUAUCAAGGCACUGAUACAGCAGACUGACAGCUACGGCGCUAAAGUUAGGCAGCUUCAAGGAAAUACCAAAGAGCCGCUCGCCAAAGAGCACUUCACUUCUGGCAUGAUCAAAGAUGCCGACGCCAAUCAUUACUUGAACCAACUUUUGAGCUUUUCCGCGAUCACAUAUCUUGACACUGUUCCUGUCGCUCCCAAAGAUAACGAAGUCGAGAUUGCGGGAUACAUACACCGUUUGCGCGCCGCCGAGCUGCAAAUCCAAGUUCUCAGUUCAGAUCGCAACAUUCCGCCUGAGCCGUGUACUCCGGUGUAUCCAACAUCAGCUGCACUCGGGCUCUCAACGCUCUUUUUCUUGGCAUCGGAGCCUGAAGCAGCUUCAUCGAUCAGAUCUUCGCUGGAAAUUUCUGAUCUGCAAACCGUCUCGACAACGCCGCGUACGCCUGUCCCUACGACCAACCCAUUAAACAACCCUGCCUUGCUAGCUGGGCUUGAGGAUCUCGGUAAGUCAAUCAUGAGUCUCAGCACUGUACCAUCUCUCAAAGGAGUGGUCCAAUCUUCCACAAAGCUGCAGGUUACACCCCUCCCCAAUGUCGCCCUGACAAUCAAUAUCCAACCUACCGAUAAGCGCAACUAUUCGUUGCUGCAACGCGUUCAAAGUGCAAUCUCUGCGACAUCGUCUCUCGAUAUCCACGGUCCUAAAGAAUAUGUUAAACAACUUGUAGCUAGCAUGCACGACGCCGAGGCGGAUCAUGCCGAGAAGAGCAAACUUGUUGUACAGUUGGAAAUGGUCUCCAAGCAGUACCUUGCAGAUAUAGACGUUCUAGAAGCACAGGCGUUCAAGAGCCCUGUUGUCCCAAAGCCAGAUGUUGCGUUUUGGCUGAACAAUUUGCUGAAGGAUCGUGCUACAUGCAUCAACACUGCAGUGGAAGAGUCGAUGCUUCGAGAUCGAGACGAAGCGCUGAUGUCUCACGAUGAGUUCAUUCGCGACAACAUUCAGUCCAACGACGUGUUAAUUGUCAGUGUUGGCGCCAACGAUGUCGCUUUAAAACCAAAUUCCUCGACGAUCCGCCAUAUGCUGCAGCUCGCCUGGCUGACCCCUCGCAAGAAUCUGGAGAACGGUACCGCAGGGGCAUUGAAAUAUUUCAAGCAUAUGUUCGGUACAAAAGUCGAGAACUACGUCACCCGUCUCACCACUAAAACGAAACCUCGUGCUGUAAUCGUCUGUAUGAUAUACUUCCCACUCGAGUCGGGCUUGGGACAAACUAGUUGGGCUGAUGCGCAACUUAAGGCACUAGGAUACAACUCAUACCCUGGUCAACUGCAAGCAGCCAUUCGAGCGAUGUACAAGAUUGCGACAAAAGAAAUCCGAGUCGAUGGUACGGAGGUAGUACCCUGCGCACUACAUGAGGUUCUUGAUGGCAAGAGCGUUAGUGAUUAUACAGCCAGAGUUGAGCCAAACGAAUCGGGCGGAAGGAAGAUGGCCGUCAAGUUCGUUGAACUCCUGGACGAGAUUAUACAAAAGUAA